AUGGUGCUGUUCAAGGACAUAGGGAAGCCCGCAUCCGACCUCCUCAAGAAAGGAUUUCCUCAUGAGAAGCCAUGGGACCUUGAGUACAAGUACAAGUCGAAGAAUCCACAAAUCGUAAAUACAGCUGGGGUGAACAAUCUCGGUGGAUUUGAUGCGUCUUCCACCUUGACGUACACCGCGGGAGAUGCGACUGCAGAGGUCAAGGUUCUAUCUGCCGGCAGGUCCUACGUGGAUUUGUCCUACAAGAUCCCCCAAUUCCCAAGCUUGAUUCUCUCCACCAAGUAUGAGAGGAAGGGGGAGAAGACGACUGCAGACGCUUUUGACUUUUCCACGGAAUACGUCGCUCCCCGUUUCCACAGCAUCCUGAACGUUAGCCCUAUCCUGAGGACGUUCACCUCUUCCGGAACCUUCACCUAUGAGCGCUUCAGGUUCGGUGGCGAGGUUUCGGGCAAGCUCGACGCCUCGGGCAUGAAAUACGCAGUAGGCGCAUCUUACACUGCCCCCACGACGGGAGGAAAGGGUGGUUGCUGGAUGGCGGCUGUUCGAACCGCCCCAACAUGCAAUAUGAUGUUCGGGAAGAUCCUGGGCAGCGUCAACGGCAAGUCUCUGGAUGGUCGCGGCGCAGAGGUGGCUGCCGAGAUUGAAUACAGCAUUCCAGAUAACAAGAGCAAUAUUACCUUCGGUGGCAUGUGGUACAUGAACGAUGAGAAAGACACCCUUGUAAAAUCCAAGAUAUCGCAGAACGGCCUCUUGGCUGUAGCCGUCACCCACAAACUCUGCGGCUACCUGCAUGCCACAGUCGGGACCCAACUGGAUGUUUCAAAGGGGCAGAGCCCAGAAAACGUGAAAUACGGUGUGAAGAUCGACGUAUCUUCAUGA